AUGGAUAAUAACAUGUUGUAUACCAUGUUUCUGAGAAAAGAGUGCACGAAAGAAGAAGAGAAGCGCACCAGUCACAUGGAGACGAAGGUUGAGGCGACUUUUAAUCAGCUGCAAGGCAUAUUGGAUGAGAAAGGCUUCGGCUCCUGGAAGGAGAACGACGCCAAUCUUCUGCUCUCGCUCCUGGAUGGAUACUACACGCAUCAGCGCCGACUCCAGACAAAGCAGACGAGGAAUCCCAACGGUGAGGCGGGAACAAGCGAGACGGUGCACGUAGACGAUGAAACCGUGAUAACGGAGGCGGACAGGUCGCUCACAAAGUUGCGCCAUUUUUUGCAGCAGCGUGUCCCGUAUGGCUUGAUUGCCGGACCGAACGUUCCACCUGUUUCCGUGCCCACUGUUCUUCAAAAAUGUGGUGCUGCGCCAAUGCCAGAGAAGAGGGAAAUGGAGACGCCCAGCUUCUCGGUGGAUGCCUUUAUUUACCUUGAGGAGGACGUUGAGGAGCUGGUGCAGCGUGGCUGCAUCGCGCGGGAAUACUGUCGAGGGUGUGGGUCGCUCGACAUUGGCCUCUGUGACUUUAUUACCCAUUCCUUUUCACAGGAACAAUUAGUGUAUCUUUCUUGUUUUCUGCUCCCUGCCCUCAGUGACAGCGCGUAUUUUGUCACUUCCGACUUGUGUCUGCGCCGACGUGAUACAGAGGUCCAUUCGGCAGCAGCCCCUUUUAGCUGUCACCACGUGGUGGAUGUGGGUUCGCGCCUUGGAGUAGUGCUGCUUUCAUGCUAUUUUGCCGCACAACAGAAACGCCUAGCAAACACACUACUAGUGACUGGCGUGGAGCUAGAUGAUGAAAUGGUCAACCUGCAGCGCGACGUCAUUAAGCGCUUUGCGACCAAACCAACGCAUCUUCGGCUGGACGUUGUUCACAGCAGCUGUUUUGAGGGGAUGGGGGCGGAGGCCCUUUGCGGGGCCGAUGUGAUUAUACUCCAUAACGUGUUUGAGUAUUUUACUGCGUCGCCGUUAGAACACCUCAAGUGUUGGCAGCGUCUUCGCAAAAUUGUGACGCGCCGCGGACAGCUGCUCGUAUGCUGCCCAAGCUUGGAGGAAACUUUUUCCGCCUUCACAGAAGCAGAAGUGCACGGCGCCAUGAACGGCGACGGAACUGCCACUGAAUCUGCUCUUCAACGCAGGGAGAAUGAUUUUGCGCGCAAACGACCGCGUGAGGGGAAGCAGGACGGCUGUGAUGUUGACCGUUGGUAUCAGUCCUGGGUGGAGGAGAUUGACGUGGCGGAGGUACGGGAUGCAUUCCUCACCCUCUACCGCGGGAACGACUCUUGCCAUGCCGAAGGUCAUUCCUCGUGUGAUGGUGAGGCGGACGGGGAGCUCACGGAGAGACUCCGCAGUGUAAGAGUAUAUAAGGUGAAGGAAUGA